AUGGCCACCGCGCCCCAUGGAGCCGGAAAGCACGACGACGACCGGGACUUCUUCAAGGUGAAGCGCAUCGACUUCCUCGGCGCCAAGCGCGCCAUCGUGUGCCAGAACGAGAACGGUCCGUGCCCGCUCAUCGGUAUCGUCAACGUGCUGCUCCUGCGCAACGCCGUCACCCUCCAGGGCGCGCCGGACGUACCGGAGGUGUCCGCCCAGGAGCUCAUGAGCCUGGUCGCGGCGAGGAUCUUGGACGAGAACGCCCGCGGCGGGGCGGGCGGCCGCACGGGCGACGACGCAGCCAAGGGCGACGACUUCGAGGCGAUGGACGCGGAGCAGGCGGAGGCGAUGCGACAGAACCAAGAGCAGAACGUCUCCGACGCGAUGGCGGCGCUCCCGUCGCUCGCCACGGGCCUCGACGUCAACGUCCGUUUCCGUCACGCGCUCGACUUUGAGUUUACCGCCGAGCUGGCGAUAUUCGACCUGCUCGACAUCACCUUGUGUCACGCGUGGGUCGCGGACCCGGCGCACCACCCGGAAGCCGCCGCCGCGAUCGGCGCACGCGGGUACAACCAGCUGAUGGAGCGCGUCAUCGAGCUGACGUGCGCGGCGGAGGAGACGCAGGCGGAGGCGGAGGCGUCGCAGAGAGAUUCAGGUUCCGUCGCAGCCCCGGGAGGGUUCGAUGCAACUAUGGAAGGGCGCGACGCGGAUGAACCGCCCGAAGCGCCCUCGACGCGGAUGAGCCGGAGCCGAAGCGAGGAGGAAAUGGUGCGGCGCGCGAUGCAACUAUCGCUGGAGGAAGCCAACAGGGGGAACGAAGAGGAGGACGUCGUCGCGGCGAUCGUCUCCGAGUUGGUCACUCGCGCCGCAAACGCAUCCGAGGAAUACAAAGACAAAGACGGAUGCGAAUCGUCGCGACGCGAAUCGUCGGCCGUUUUUGGUAACGUCCUCGCCGAGAGGUACGUCCUCGACGACUUCUUAGCCUCGUCGGCGUCGCAGCUGACCAAAGGCGGUUUAGCGUCGGCGCUGGCGAAAGUCAAAGAGCGAGAACUCGUCGUGUUUUUUCGCAACAACCACUUCAGCACCGCGUUUAAGUUAAACGGGGUGCUGUACAACCUGGUGACGGACUUGGGGUACCUGGGCGAACCCGACGUGGUGUGGGAGGUGCUGGCGAACCCACCCGGGGGGAACGAGGGGGGAACGAAGGGAGGCGACGCGGGGGAACGAAGGCGGCCGGCGGAGGGAACCUUCGUGGACGGCGGUUUCAACGCGUUUACCCCGCACCUGGAUCCAUCCGGGUCGAUGGGCGUAACGGCUGGCGUAACGGCCGGGUUGUCGACGGAAGAGGACGCGCAGAUGGCCGCCGCGCUGCUGGCGUCCGUCAGGGACGUACGCGGCGGAGGUGCCGGGGAGGGCCCGCCGAUUACCGGCCAAGCGGAGUCGUCGUCGUCGCUGAUUGCGGGUGAUUUCCUUCGAGCACCGAACAGCCCUUCGGAGCGGCGAACGGCGGCGGCGCCCGACGCGGACUACGCGCUCGCCGUGCAGCUCCAGGCGGAGUACGAGGAGGAGGCGAGGCGAGCGGAGGAGGCGAGGCGACGUUCGCGGGCGGAGGCUGAGCGGUCGCGGGCGGCGGCGGCGGAGGCUGAGCGGUCGCGGGCGGCGGAGGCUGCGAAGAAGAAGAAGAAGAAGAAGGCUUCCUCCUCCUACGGUUCCGACUGCGUCAAAGAAACCGAACCGCGCACGAUGUCCGACUGGUGGGGAUCCAUCACCAAGGGCGCCACCGACGCCGCCGAGACCACCCGCCUCGCCGCGCAGCGCACCAAGCUCCAGGCCGAGGUGCUCUACCUCGAGCAGCAGAUCAAGGGCGUGCUGCAAAAGUUCGGCGUCGACGUCUUCCAGCACAUGGAGAGCAACAACAGCGCGCAGGUGCAGCAGCACUUCACCGAGGCGAAGCGGGAGGUGGACACCUUCCGGGAGCAGGUGGCGGCUAAGAACGCGGAGAUCGCCGACAUCAACCGAUCGAUGGAGAACGUGGGGAAGGCCCCGCAGAGCUCCGGAGUGGCCAUGUGA